CGGACAACCGUCACUCGUCAGUACGCGCGAGACUGCCGCGCGUGAUGGUUGGUUGUGUGAUUAUCGUUUGAGUAUUUGCUGACUAGCAUCGCGCUUGUACUCCAAGUUAGUGAGCCAGCGAGCGAACGAACGAGUAAAGAGGGAAACGAAGGAAGAAAAAGGGAAAGAGAGAAAGAGAGGAUGGCGAGUCACGACGACGUCGAUAUCGGCGACUUUGUGCUGUUGGAUGAGAUCACCGUCGAGCGUGUGGUGGAGAAUCUGAAGACGAGAUUCAACGGAGGGAAGAUUUACACGUACAUCGGCGAGGUGUGCGUGAGCGUGAAUCCCUACAGACACACCAACAUCUACGAUGCGGACCAAGUUAACAAAUAUAAAGGCCGAGAACUAUUCGAAAACCCACCGCACAUCUUCGCGAUCGCGGACGCGGUGCAUAAAGAGAUGAAGCAGCAAGGCCGCGACACGUGUAUCGUGAUAAGCGGCGAGUCGGGCUCCGGCAAAACGGAGGCUAGCAAAAUCAUCAUGAAGUACAUCGCCGCCGUUACCAAUCUCAGCGGUCAGCAGGAGAUCGAGAGGGUGAAGAACAUCCUCAUCCAGUCGAACUCGAUACUGGAGGCGUUCGGUAACGCCAAGACCAACAGGAACGACAACUCGUCCCGCUUCGGCAAGUACAUGGACAUCAAUUUCGAUUUCAAGGGAGACCCCGUGGGCGGACACGUGACCAAUUACCUCCUGGAGAAGUCGCGGGUGGUCUAUCAGCAGAAAGGGGAGCGCAAUUUCCACUGUUUCUACCAGCUACUAAGUGGCUGCAGCGAGUCCGAAUUGAACAAAUUACGUCUUGUCCGGGAUCCGGCGGCCUACUACUUCAUCGGCAACGGAAACAAUAAUAAAGCGCCCACCUCCGACAGGAGCGACUACAAAACCGUGAACAGCGCCAUGUCCAUGCUCGGAUUCUCGCCGAGUGAGGCGCAGACCGUAUGGAACAUCAUCGCCGGUAUCUUGCACCUGGGCAAUGUCACCUUUAGACUGGACGACGACAAGCUUGUCAUUCAAAAUCAUUCAGCCUUGAACGACACCGCCAAUUUAUUCUCCAUCAGCUCGAAGGACCUGAGCACCGCCCUCUCGCAAAGAGUCAUAGCUGCCGGCGGCGAGGUCAUGCAGAAGACCCACACGUUGAUUGAAGCUGAAUACGGCAGAGAUGCGUUGGCGAAGGCUAUAUAUGAACGAUUGUUCACAUGGAUAGUAUCGCGCGUUAAUGACUCGAUCAACGUGAACGAUCUCGACAACGUGAGACGGUACGGAACGGUGAUAGGCGUACUCGACAUCUACGGCUUCGAGAUCUUCGACGCGAACAGUUUCGAGCAGUUUUGCAUCAAUUACUGCAACGAGAAGCUGCAGCAACUCUUUAUCGAAUUGGUUCUCAAGCAAGAGCAAGAGGAAUAUCAGAAGGAAGGGAUAGCCUGGCAACACAUUGAAUAUUUUAACAAUCAAAUCAUUUGUGAUUUGGUCGAGCAAGCUCACAAAGGCAUCAUAGCAAUCAUGGAUGAGGCUUGCCUUAACGUUGGGAAAGUCACGGAUGAGAUGCUGCUGGACGCGAUGGAUAAGAAACUAGCGGAUCAUAAACACUACACCUCCCGGCAGUUGAAACCGAUGGACAAAGGACUGCAGCACAAAAUCGAGUUCAAGAUCAAACACUACGCUGGCGACGUGAUCUACAAUAUCAACGGCUUCCUCGACAAGAACAAGGAUACACUCUUCCAAGACUUCAAGCGUUUGCUCUACAAGAGCAAUAAUUCUUUUCUUAGUAAAAUGUGGCCCGAGGGUGCUCAAAAUAUUUUAAAGACGACAAAGAGACCUCACACUGCCGGCACCUUGUUCCGUAACUCCAUGAUUGCACUGGUGAAGAAUCUAACGAGCAAGGAGCCGUUUUAUGUGAGAUGCAUAAAACCUAACGAGGUGAAGUCUCCGGUCGUGUUCGACGACGAGAGAGUGAAUCAUCAAGUGAGAUACCUGGGUCUCGUGGAGAACAUACUGGUGAGACGCGCUGGCUUCGUGUACAGACAACGAUACGACAGAUUUUUGAAAAGGUACAAGAUGAUAUCGCAGUACACAUGGCCAAACUUCCGAGGCGGCAACGAUAAGGACGGGGUGCGCACGCUGAUGGACGAGAAAGGUUUCUCGAACGACGUCAUGUACGGCCACACGAAGAUCUUCAUUCGCUCGCCGCAAACCCUGUUCGCGCUGGAAAAGGCUCGCAGCGAAUUGAUACCGGGCAUCGUGGUCCUCUUGCAAAAGCAAUGGCGAGGGUACCUGUGUCGUCAGAAGUACAAGAAGAUGAAGGCCGCGCUGGUCCUGAUGAAGCACUACGUCGAGUACAAAUGGCGCGUUUACAUCUGCAAAUUGGAGCAAACUUUCAGGCCCGCCAAGAAAAUGCGGGACUACGGCAAGCACCUGUCCUGGCCGCCGGAAAAUUUCGCUGUAAGACACGUGAUACCCGCCCUGAGGAACAUAUACGCCAGAUGGUGGGCGUGGAUGGUGCUCAAGGUGAUUCCACGGGAGGAUUGGCCGCAACUCCGACUGAAAAUGGCAGCGGGCGCCGUGUUGCGCUCCAAGCGCUCCCACUGGGGUCAGGAUCGCCGAUGGGACGGAAACUACUUGUCCAAGCCGGACGAGAAUCCUCACAGCGACGUCUUCAACUCCUCGAUCAACAAUCUACGAAACACCGACCACUUCAAGGCUAUCUUGUUCAGCGCGUUUAUCAAGAAGACCAACAGAUUCAAUAAACCCGCGGACCGCGUCUUGGUAGUAACAGAGCACGCUGUCUACAAACUGGACGGCGUCAAGUUCAAGAGCAUGAGGAAAGGCAUGCCAAUUGCGGAGAUCACCGGUUUGAGUGUGUCGCCUGGCAAGGAUCAGCUCAUCACCAUUCACUCGAAUCGCGGAAACGACUUCAUUCUGUCGAUUACCGCUAAGGAUGACAGAGUCGGAGAGCUCGUCGGCGUGCUCAGCAACCGAUAUUACCAACUGCGCGGAGCUGACUUGCACGUCACCGUGGACGUGAGAUUCAAAUGUAUGUUAGGCAACAAGAGCAAGGUACUGCGUGUCGAGGUGCUUCCCGAUAUGACGGAGCCCACGUUCAAGAAGGACGGCGACAACAUUAUCUAUGCCAUCCCACCGUCAGUAGCAAUCAUCGAUAACGGCACUAAUACAAGACUGGAUAUUCGCACGGCCAGUUAAAGUCCGACAAACCGUCCAACUACUGAUACUCAUCAUGUCGCAACCAUAAUCAGUAUCUGGUACACAUUUUUAACGUUAUUUAAGCUUGAAGCUUUAUUGGUCGUUGUGCCUGCAUAAUAAAUAUACUUAUCGGAUGUCAGCAGAGAGAGAGAGAGAGAGAGAGAAAGGAAACGCGAGAAGAUAUUGCAGUACAAGUUACGUGACACACAUAUACGCACGCGUACAUGUGUACACACAACAUA